AUGGUUUCUUGCCUUUGCUUCCUUUUAACAAUAUGGGGUCCAGAGGAAAGUGCUGGAGACCCAUCGGUGUCAGUCCCUGGAAAGGCCUCCCAAGAUGCAGACCCGUCUUCCACUUCGAGUGCGAACGGGAUCGAUUCCUCUUCCUCAGUUGGAGGGACAGCUCUGCCUCCCAGAAGUACAGACGUAGAAUCCAAUGACAUCGAGUCCAAAUCUGCAGGUGCAGCAUCUAUACAGGCCGCGGAUCCCUCGGAGCAAGACACACAGAUAACAUCAGCCCUGUUGAAACAUUCUAAUGGAAUCAAAAUUACGGGUUCGUGUAAGGCACACUUUAGAGUGUUCCUCUCGCCACAUCUAUGGAUUUAUGUGGUCGCGGCUGAGAACAAAAUACAGCUGAGACCAAACUUUGGACCGAUAACAUCAGUAGACCUAGGGAAUCUGAUGAAUGACUGCAAAAAGGGAGCGAACAGCAACUUCAAGCUCGUCGUGCAUACCAGAGAUGAUAUCUUGACGCUCAAGUGGAAGGUGACUGGGGAAGUUCCAGGCAACAAGGAAGAUGUGAAGAAGUACAAACUUCCUUCCCUGGACAGGCCCUUCACUUCCGUUCAGGUGCAUUCGGUCAACACCAAGUCGAAGAUAAUCGAGAGCAAAAUUUACGAUAUCGAUAGAAGCAUUCCAGCCCAAUGCAGCGCGGUAGCGACGAAGUGCUUCCUCAGCGGCAGCCUGGACAUCGAACACUGCUACCACUGCACCCUGUUGGAGAACAAUAUGGCCAAAGACAGCGACUGCUUCAAAUACCUCUCGAGGGAAGCAAAAGAGUUUAUCGAAAAAGAUACGCCCAUUAAAGCUCAAGAGGAAGAGGCACAAUCUGCGGAUCAUAAACUGAUCGAAUCCAUAGAUGUAAUUCUCAAGGCAGUGUAUAAGUCAGACUCGGAUGACGAAAGGAAGGAACUCAUCACCCUGGAGGAAGUGGACGCAAAUUUGAAGAAAGAGUUAGCCAACUAUUGUACACUCAUGAAGGAGGUAGACACAAGUGGCACUCUUAACAAUCACAAAUUGGCGAACGAAGUAGAAACGUAUAAAAAUCUGACCAGACUGUUACGAAUGCAUAAAGAAGAAAAUGUCGUCAGACUUCAGGACAAAUUGAGAAACGCAGCAAUAUGUAUGAAGCAUAUAGACAAGUGGAUUCUUAAUAAGAGGGGGUUAACACUACCGGAUUCUAUCCCCUACAGUGAAGACAAUACAGAGGAGUAUCUACCGGAAGAGCUGCUCCAAGAAAUAGAGAAGGAAAAAAGUCUCUACGAUGAUGAUGUAUUCGAUAAAGAUACAAAUGGAAUCAUAAAUUUGAAUAAGAUCCCCAGCGAAAUGAAAUUUAAAUCUCCGUAUUUUAAAAAAAGUAAAUAUUGUAACAAUGAAUACUGUGACAGAUGGAAGGAUAAAACGAGUUGUAUUUCAAACAUUGAGGUAGAGGAACAAGGGGAUUGUGGACUCUGUUGGAUUUUUGCCUCUAAGUUGCAUGUAGAAACGAUAAGGUGCAUGAGAGGGUAUGGGCACUUCCGCAGCUCCGCUCUGUUUGUGGCCAACUGCUCCAAGAGAAAGUCAGAAGAUAUCUGUACAGUUGGAUCCAACCCGACGGAAUUUCUUCAAAUUGUUAAAGAAACAGGAUUUUUACCACUGGAGUCGGAUCUCCCCUACAGAUGGAGCGACGCUGGGAACUCCUGCCCCUAUAAUAGAAGAAGCAUGUGGACCAACCUAUGGGGUAAUACCAGGCUGUUGUAUCAUGGGAGACCUCAUCACUUGAUCCAAACACAUGGAUACGUGGCCUACGAAAGCAGGCGUUUUCAAUACAAUAUAGAUCUCUUCAUUGAUAUCCUCAAGAGGGAGAUUCAAAACAAAGGAUCCGCCAUUAUCUAUAUAAAAACAGAGAACGUUAUCGAUUACGACUUGAAUGGCCGAUUUGUGCACAGCAUAUGUGGACAUAAUGAUGCAGAUCAUGCUGCUAACAUUAUUGGCUACGGAAAUUACAUUGGUCUUGGUGGUAAGAAGAGAUCAUAUUGGAUUGUUAGGAAUAGCUGGGGAUACUACUGGGGCGAUGAAGGCAACUUCAAGGUAGACAUGUAUGGCCCGGAGGGAUGCAAACGGAACUUCAUUCACACGGCAGUUGUUUUUAAGAUAGAUUUGGGCAUUGUGGAAAUCCCAAAGAAGGAAGACCGGUCCUUUUAUAGAUAUUUUGUCCAGUACGUCCCGAACUUCUUGCACAGCCUCUUCUAUGUCAGUUACGACAAAGUUGUUAAUGGGAAGAAGCAUUCUGAGAACCGAAAGGGGGGAAUAGCAGGGGGGGGUGGCCUAGUCGACGGUAAGGCGGGACAAGCAGGGGGGGGUUCCUUAGUCGACCUUCAAGCGGUAGUCACAGGACAGACAGAGACGCCCACGUCGGAGGCCGCUAAAAACGGGGCUCAACCCGGAGCAGAGGGUAGCGAAGCAAAUGCCGCGAUGGGCGGCAAGGCAGGAAUUGUAGCCCCGAUGGGGUCACAAAUGAGUCCAGUUUCGCCACAAACGAGUGUAAUUUCGCCGCAAAUCGGUGCAGUUGCUCCACAAAUCGGUGCAGUUGCCUCCCCCCCAAACGUGACUCCGCUGAACGUAACGGCUGGGGAGGGCCAGCGUGUGGGGGGUGUAGUCUCCCUCACCCCCGUGGACAACUCGGGCGAGAAGAAAAUUCCAGUCAUGCACAUUUUAAAAUAUGUGAAGGAGACCAAAAUGACGAAGGCCACCGUGAGGUACGACAGUUUGAGAGAAAUAGAAGGCUCGCACAGCUGCUCCAGGAGCUACGCAAGGGACGGGAAGGGGCGCGAGGAGUGCACCCAAUUCUGCCUCAAGAACUGGAACUCCUGCAGGGGGCACUACUCCCCUGGUUACUGCUUAACUAAGAUGUACACGGGGAGUAACUGCAUAUUUUGCAGCGUGUAG